AUGACUGGUAUCCCUCAACGUCUUCGCCCUAGUGUACCCACUAUAUCUCUCAUUAUAGUGGUCGUCGUGAAGGGGGGUGUGACCAUUUUGGAUCAGAUGAUCAUGAAGGUCAGCACGGAGAUGCUGGAGAUACUGUGCGACUUGGAUUCAAUGCUUUCUCUUUACCUUGGAACCUUGCUCUUGGCACACUUGCCUAUCGUAGCGAUCUACAAGUACGUCUUGACGCCAAGUGUGACCAUUCCCUCUCCACCUCGCCCUUCCAAAACCCGCAAUGCGAUCUGCAUUGGUCUCGCUCACGUAUACGCUCUAAUCCCUCUGGUACCGACCUUGGCUAUAGCCGGAUCAAUGGGCUUUGAUGUGCCCGACGGGUUUGGCAUAUGGUGGGGCUACUACUGCCGGGAGAAAGCCAGCUGGAUGCGAGUCCUCCGUAUCAUCGCCUUUUCUGGGCCCCUUGUUGUGGCUCUUGUGGCUUCUUUUCUCCUGUUCACUGCUCUGAUUGCCACAGCAGAUCACCCUUCCGCUACUGUGCGACCCCAAGCUCGCCACUGGGCUCAAGCCUGCUUUCUCUUUGUAUGUUUGGUCGGGUGUGUGGUCUACUUGAUUUUGGAGCAGGUCCAAGGUUGGAAUGGUGCAUGGUGGCCCAGAUGUUUCGAAGGUCUGCCUGCCCCAAUCCUUCUACUUUCUCUGCUCUUUGACCCUUACAUCACCCGCGCCUAUGCCUCGUGGCUGCGACUCCGACGCCCCGUGGACGAAGAGGAAGGUUCUGCAAUCGGCGGCGGAGCCAAGUACUAUGCCUCUAGCAACUCGCUGGUCUAUGAGCCUCAGAAACGGAAGCCGGCUGAUAUCGCAAAGCGUUCGAGCAGCUUUUCUGCACCGCCCCGUGACUCUGAUUUUGUCCCGUGGGAGACAAUGCUGGACCCACCUGUUCCUCGUCUCACGGUACAGCCUCAAUACCAAGAGCGGCAGGAAGACACCCAGAUGGAAGGGAAACAGCCGCCGCUGGUAGAUGAGAUGCAGAUGCCACGGCAUCCUGAAUCUAUCGCUGAGCCUCCGUCAGCUGAAGACGUUGGCCAAUCGCUGGCGUCUCCUAUGCAGCGGCCCUCCAUGACCCGCUAUCCUCCACCUUGUUACCAGGCGCCAAUGACAAAGCUCAAUUCAGAGUCCCCAUUGAACCGAUACCGCUCUGCCACAUCUACCAUCUAUUCGCGAGCUUCUUCUUACUCGGGAAGCGAGAGUGGAGAGGGUGGGAGGCGGUCAGUGAGGGCCAGUGAUCCUUUCAAGUAUGCUACGUCUACAGUGUAUACAGCCAGAAGCUUUCCAUUCCAACUGGAGACCGAGUUGCCGGCCUCAAUGCCUCCAGUCUCUACCUACCCGUUACCAGUCAAUGAUUCGCACUUUUUGGGCGAUGACUUGUCUGAUCCUCAUCAGAGCCCUAGGAAGGUGUCACAAGCCUAUACCGAAUCUAAUUCAUCAAAUCCGUUACAAGGCCGAGUAGCCUUCAACGGGCAGGAACUGAUCAAACCAGGUGGAAUGGCCGACGCAAGUGGCGUGACACUCUCGGCUUUUGGGGACGAUUCGUCCCCUCCCUCGUAUGUCAGCAGAUUGAGAGCGGAUGUGGUUGAGGAAUCGAGAUACAAUAGGCUGUAGGGUGGUCUUCAUGUAGUUUAUUGCAAGGGCGCAGUAUAUCAAUUCGUU